CCUUUAUAGGAAAAAUAUGCGCGGGGCCGGGGGGGCUGCCCUGAGUCACCAGGGGCUGCGGCUCCCGCCCACGCCCAGGGAGCCCUGGCCGGGCCGGGGCGGGGUUUGUGCUGCCCGCCGGGGCUGGCAGGGGCCGGAGCCGCCGCGCCGAGCCGCCUGGCCCGCCUCGCAGCCCCGCUCUGGCACGGCCCGGCCGGGACAGCGCCGCCAUGACGGGCAGUAAUAUGUCGGAUGCUCUUGCAAAUGCAGUAUGUGAGCGCUGCCAGACUCGGUUUGAUCCUGCAGAGAGGAUUGUGAACAGCAAUGGGGAGCUCUAUCAUGAGAACUGCUUUGUCUGUGCUCAGUGUUUUCGUCAGUUUCCUGAUGGACUUUUUUAUGAGUUUGAAGGUCGGAAGUACUGUGAACAUGACUUUCAGAUGCUGUUUGCUCCUUGCUGCGGUGAAUGUGGUGAGUUCAUUAUUGGGCGUGUUAUCAAGGCAAUGAACAAUAACUGGCACCCGGAAUGUUUCCGCUGUGAGCUCUGCGAUGUAGCACUUGCUGACCUGGGUUUUGUGAAGAAUGCUGGGAGGCAUCUGUGCAGGCCGUGCCAUAACCGUGAAAAAGCUAAAGGACUGGGAAAGUACAUCUGUCAGAAGUGCCACUUGAUAAUUGAUGAGCAGCCUCUGAUGUUUAGGAAUGAUUCCUACCAUCCAGAUCACUUCAACUGCACCCACUGUGGGAAGGAACUGACUGCUGAGGCCCGGGAGCUGAAGGGAGAGCUGUACUGUCUGCCCUGCCACGACAAGAUGGGCAUCCCCAUCUGCGGAGCGUGCCGCAGGCCCAUCGAGGGGCGAGUGGUCAAUGCCCUGGGGAAGCAGUGGCACGUGGAGCAUUUUGUUUGUGCCAAGUGUGAGAAGCCAUUCUUGGGGCACCGACACUAUGAGAAAAAAGGACUGGCUUAUUGUGAAACUCACUAUAACCAGCUCUUUGGAGAUGUCUGCUACAACUGCAGCCACGUGAUCGAGGGAGAUGUGGUAUCAGCUCUUAACAAGGCCUGGUGUGUGAAUUGCUUCUCCUGCUCCACCUGCAACAUCAAGCUUACACUUAAGAAUAAGUUUGUGGAGUUUGACAUGAAGCCUGUCUGCAAGAAGUGCUAUGAGAAAUUCCCUCUGGAGCUGAAGAAGCGCCUGAAGAAGCUGUCAGAGCUGGCAUCCAAGAAGGCACAUCCCAAAGCUCUGGAUUUAAACUCUGCUUAAACAGGUCUGUCAGUUGACUGACUGCACUCUGACAGUCAUGAGCUGCUGCUCACAGCAGCUGUUGAUUACAGAGGCAAGUGAAACCAAAGAUAUGUAAUACCUUCCCCUGUUUCUGGUAAUGUAGCUUGCAUUUUGACUAGACCUUUUCUCAAAAAAAUGUCUAUUAACACUGGCAGAAAGAGGAAUAUGAUUUCUGCUUGAGCAAUUUACAGGCUGGUUAUUAAUUUGCUAACAACUUCUUCUGCCUUUGUGGGAUUGUACAGUCUUUCCUUCCUCAAUUGAACUGUAGUUCUUUCUCCAUUCCUCUGUAGUCUAAGGAAUCUGGAAACAGUGGUUGAGUGUAGGGCUGGAGGAAAUGUGGGAUUUGCUCUUUUUCAGUUACAGUAUAAAAAAAAAUUAUUCUUAUCCUGACUGAAGACAUUGUAUAUUUUUUUUUAAUAUAUAGACAAGUUUUCUGAAAGCUGUCACUCUGCUACAUCCAAAUGUUCUGUUCUUUCUCCAGAUUCCUACUGAGCAUAUAGGGAUGCUGUAGAGUUGUUCUGCUUUGCAGGCUUACAGGGAAAGCCCAGGAACCAGCAGUUACGGCAUCUGCACUGCCCACUUGUCAGGCUCAGGACUAAUAUUAAAAAGGCUGAAGAUGCUUCCUUUGCUGAUUUCUUGUUCAGCAGUAGGGAGAUGUCCAUUGUCAAGGCCAUGUCAACCUCUUCAGAAUAGCUGGGCUCUCCUUAAGGAGAAGGUGGCUAUGGGAAACAAAGAUUUUGUUAGAAGCUGACACUGUCAUUUGCUCAGUUUGUUCUCUACUCCUACGGGCACUAGGGGGUAAACACAAAGCAUGUCCUACCCACUGGCCAAGGUGACAUUUCUUGAGGCAGUGUGGCUGGACCCUUCGUUAUCCUUCUGGAUUAUGAAAUCCAGUUGAUUAUAUGGUACCAAUGUAAGUUCUUCAGUUGCAGAUCCAGUCCUUUAUUUGCAAGGUGAAUAUUCAUUCCUAGGUCACACUCCAGAAAGCCCAAUUCAAUGAAGAGAUUUCUAAUAUUUAUAGUUUGUGGCCUUCUGCAGGAAAAACCCAGGAAGUAUUUUUCUUAAAACUUUCACCCAAAUGAGAGUUUCCCAUUAUCUUUCUUCUUAAGACCUGAGUAUACUUACAGAGAGAACCUCAAACAUGAAUCUGUGCAUCUUAAGCUUCUGCUUUGUAGUUUUGCCUGUCACUGGUGAAUUUCACUGCUCCUACAGUCUCUGCUACUACAACCCUAGGUGCUGAGAGAUUUACUGAUUUUGAACAUUCUUGAAAUUUCCUUAUGGGUGUUCCUGAGACCACCUAUCUGUUGGAUAAUCACAGUGAUCUUCUGGGACAGCUGGAGGUGUCCCCUUAUAGUGUCUUUUUCUGUAUUUCAGCAUGAAAAUCCCUUUUCAUGGGGAGCUGAAGACUGUGCCUGCCCUUUUGUGAGGUUGACAGGAUGAAAAGCACUGAAGGACUGCUGUCCCUCCUGUGAUUUCCAUCUUCCAAAAAGUGGCUAGUUUAGUAGAUCAAAUGAGCACAGCAGCCAGGCCCAGGUACCAGCCUGCAGCCCCGGGUGGAUUAGCUCGCAAGAAACUAAAGCCUCCUCGCUUCUUGUAUGUAUGAGCAGCAACUGAAUUGGGGCAAAAAUCUACCUCAAAAUGUCCUCCCUGCUCAGAUCUGCAGAAUCAAUGGCUGUUAAUAUGCUCACUGUAGCUACCACUCAUGAAACUGCACAGGUGAUGUGACAGCAGUGCUGCGAAAGCCCAGCUGAUGAUGUGCAGAUGGGAAUCCCAUGUGUGAGACCAUCUCUGAUACCACUGGCUUUGCUAAUUCCAUUUCCUUCAGCUGCUUGGCUUUUUGUUGCUGUAAGUUACCACAAACUUUUAACUUGGGUAUCCGCUGUAACACUGGUGAGGGGAUAGGCUGUAAUUUUAACAGGAGAGCUCUUCCAUCCUCUGCUGAGCAAUGUGCACUGUAGCUUGCACGAAUAGUAGCAGCUUUUGUCACUGCUUUAGAAGAAUGUCUGGUCACUGGCUGGCUGGUCAUUGUGCUCCCACCAGCUUUUAAAUGGUCUUUUAGCUAAGGGCACAAAGAACAGCAUUGCUUUUGGUGCAAGAGGAUGUGGCCACUGCAAAGACCCAUUUGUAAGCCUAUUCCUUGGCAUUUUUUCACAGCAGAAGACACAAGGACUACUGACCUAGGUGCAGUUCAAUCUGUUGUGUGGAUUCAGGUCUGUUCCUAUACUCCUAGUCACAGGCCAUAUCUAACACUAAAUCUGGGCAUGUGGUGGAGGAACACGCAGCCACAUAGCUGCUGGUAGACAUGGAACAGCUCUGUAACUAGUAGGCAACAGGUAAUAUUCUUUCAGUGGCCACUCUCAAGUUCAGCAAUGGAAAAUGCAUGUAUCUAGAGGCAAAUGGAAUUAUGUUUGUGCUUUUGCAGGGGGAGAUUUAGUGGGUGCUCUCACUUGGUCUCGUGUUAGAAAUUCAGUUGACCAGCUUUGGUGGUCUUCAGUGUUCAAAGGACAGUUGAUAAAAUUCUCUUUAAUAAGCUAUUCAGUUCUCUAGGAUUUGGAUUCUGUCCUUUUGUUCAGAGCAUUUCCUAAAAUUAGUGGGGGAAAAGUCAUUAGCAAUCCCUGAUGAUCCCUGUAUGACCAGAGGGUGAUAGUCUCUUAGUAUCUCUUAAAUUAUUAAAUGUUCACAAUUGUUUUUCUUACACUCCUGCUGCCCAUAGCUUGCAAUGUGCAGAGUGACAGUAGUGAAUAUUACUGAUAUACCUUUGGUGAGACAGUGGAAUUGAAGGAAUAGGAAAAAUAACUAUAAAUACCUUAAAUAAAUGCAUCUUACUCUGCUUUUUUGAGUCCACUUUUUACAAACUAAGUAGGAUAUAAUGCAGACUUACAAAUUCUCCUUAGUGUGUCAAUAGGCUGACAGGUAGUUUGGAGUUGUUUUUAGUUUUUUUUCUUAAUAAGUAUAGGUCUCAGUCAGAAAUAAGCUGCAUGCUUUUUUCCAUUGUUGUAAAUAGACUGCUGGCCAAAUUCUCCCAAGGUAUCACACCACUGGAGAGUAGAGAAUUUUCUCAAGGUUGAAUUUGGCUCAGAAGUCUACACUUACUAAAAGGUGUUUGUCUCAUAUACAUUUAUAGUUUACAUUGAUAUUUAUACGUACUGAAUUAAAAUCACUAAUAUUCACUGAAUACACUUGAAAAUGGUUUUGCUUUUAGAAGCCACAGUAUGUGAAGCUGGUUUGUAUUCAAAGGGUAUAUUAAUCACUUGCAAUCUUUUUUUAGCAACCUAUUCUGUUCUUUAGGGUUUGCAUCCUGGUUUUUAUUUUUACAGCAGUUGAUGCAAUGUAGGAAAAUGCUGUUCAACCUCCUGGACAGAGUUUCUAGAUGUCAUUUGGUUUGUGUUAGGUGGUGUGUCUGACAGUUUUUUAAGCAGUGGUUGGAUGGUUAAGGAAUAGAUUGCAGGCAAACAUGUAAUAAACGUGGUUGUACUAGUCUGUAAAGCACCAUUAAGUGCUGAAGGUGGUAUAGAAAUAAGUAAAAAUAAGUAAAAUAAAGCAAAAUAGGUAAAAAUAAAUAAAAGAAUGAGCAGCUACUUGCCUUGGUUUAGGCCUCGAUGAGUAGUGAGGGUUCUGCAUCAUGUAGAGCUCUCAUCACACAUUGCUUGUGAUUGUGGGUUGACAUGUUGUAAUACUCUACUUUUUUAUGUUCCUGAAAUAAAGUUAACUGCAAUACAUUUAAAA